AUCGAAGGCCACCGCCGCUAAUUUUAGGUCGAUGGAAUCCGCGCCGAAGAAAAGGAAGAUCGAGCCGAACCGGAAUAAUUCCUCACAAACUCCGGUUGAUAAAAUAGUAACAUCCCCACAUCACUCCUCAGUUCCAGAGAGUCCUGCUGUUCAGGUGGAUUCGAGAGUUCAACAGGCCAAGAAAUUCGCCGUGGCUCAAGCACAGCUAGAAGGAUGUCUCGGGAAUUAUAGAAGCUUUGACUCUCCCUUUGGAAACUAUCUUGUUCCAGUUAUCCCGACUCGCGCAGACCUAUUUGGUGAAUGACUUUAGAGUUUCGAGUCGGUGCCAAUUUGGUCAGAAACAAAGAUAAAGCAAGCAAAAACUACUCAUUCGACUAUCGAGAGAAUUCUCUUUCUCAGACUUAGUGGUCAGAUUAUUUGGCGACAACUCUUUGUUUAAGUUUUGUAUAGCAUUUUGUUGCUCGUAUUAUGGCUGGCUCCAUAUCAACGUCUAUUACUUUCGCCCCUGCUCAAUGUAUCGUCAUAAUGCCAUGGAACUUUUGUAUGGAUUCAUAUAUAUCUGUUGGUGGAAACAGUGCAAGAUAAUGUACAAUUAGGGAAGCAAAUAUCAUUUGAAAUACAAAUACAGGUAUUAAAUUUGAGAAAA